GGGAGGGGAGGAGAAGAAGGGGAAGGAACGGAACGUUUGAUUCAAGCAGAACAAAUCUUUCUUGUAAAUAUGUCUCCUCAACCCAGUAAUCCCCCUGGUAUAGAACUUUUCCGUACUGACAAAUACUAUAUAUUCAUUCGUGAUAACCACAGUCUAUGGUGGGACCGGAAAACUGGACAAUUCGACGCCAAAACAGCGCUAGAUCUUGUACAUGCUGAGGAUCCAUCAUGUUUGGGUGUGUGCUUUGGAAUUGUUGGCAAGAUCUCAUUGCAAUCCUCAGAGGACCGCCUUCUUUUAGUCCGAGAAUGUGCUCUUGUGGGAAAUCUGCCUGGAGGAUACCCUGCAUACAAGAUCAAAAAUGUGUCAUUCUUAUCCCUCAGUGAAGAACCAACUGAUCUUGGUCUAGAACAAUGCAGAAAACACAGAGAGCAACGUGAUGCAAGAAGAGGACCAUUCAGUGGAGCAAGUCUCUUUGAUCAAAAGGCCGUUCUUGGUAAAACAUGGGGCUCUAUUAAAUCUGCUGGAAAUACAAUUAAAAACACCACUCAACAGGCUGCUGCUCUUGCCACUAUGCAGGUGAAGCAAGGUGUGAAACAAGAUUCUAAACAAAGAGAGAGGUUUGAACGCCGAAUCACAGAAGAGUUGACUAGAAUCUUUACUGAAACAGAUUCAUUUUAUUUUUCACCAACUGGUGACAUCACAAAUACUUUGCAGAGGCAGUGCAAUAGGGAAACCAGUUCAUCACAAAUGUCGGACACCGAAGAAACUAAUUUGAAAAUGAUUGAUGAUCGUUUUUUUUGGAACAAGAGUAUGUUGCAAGACAUCAUCAAUCUAAAUACAAAAGAAGCUGAAGCUUGGAUCUUACCAAUCAUUCAGGGGUUUGUUCAGAUUGAACCAUGUCGUGUUGAAGUUGGCUACGAGGCUCUUAGCCCUCGCUAUGAGACGUUUACUUUGAGCUUAAUUUCCCGCCGCAGCCGAUUUCGAGCAGGAACACGUUAUAAACGUCGAGGUGUUGAUGAAGAUGGAAAAUGCGCUAACUAUGUGGAGACCGAGCAAAUUGUUGCAUAUCAAAGUCACAUUGUUUCCUUCGUUCAAGUACGAGGAUCAGUUCCUGUAUUUUGGUCACAGCCUGGGUACAAAUAUCGUCCACCUCCUCGAAUAGACAAAGGAGAAGCGGAAACUCAAGUGGCGUUUGAAAAGCAUUUUAAUGGAGAAUUGGAUAUUUAUGGUCCUGUUGCUGUUGUUAAUUUAGUAGAGCAAAGCGGAAAAGAACGAAUCAUAUGGGAUGCUUACACUGAUCAUAUUCUUUUAUAUAACUCUCCACAGCUUACAUAUGCUACCUUCGACUUUCAUGAAUAUUGCCGUGGCAUGCAUUUUGAGAAUGUGUCACUCUUGAUAGAAAGCCUUGUCGAAGUUUUGAGGGAGAUGGGCUACUGUUGGAGAGAUAAGGAAGGUUUAAUUUGUAGUCAGAAAGGUGUUUUCAGAGUGAACUGCAUUGAUUGCCUUGACAGGACCAAUGUUGUGCAGACUGCCUUAGCUAAAGCAGCAAUGGAAAUACAAUUGUACAAAUUGGGCUUGAUUCCGCCAGAAGGCACCAUGCCUGUCACUCUGAGGUCAAUGUUCCAACAACUCUGGGCCAACAAUGGAGACAUAAUCAGCAAGCAAUAUGCAGGGACUAACGCUUUGAAAGGAGACUACACGAGAACUGGUGAACGCAAAUUCACCGGAUUGAUGAAAGAUGGCAUGAACUCUGCUAACAGAUAUUACCUACAGCACUUUUGUGACUCAUACCGUCAAGCAGGGAUAGACUUGUUGCAAGGCCAGCCUAUUUCUGUAGAAUCAGUGGAUAUGCUAAACAGGCUAGCUGAAGAGGUCCACGAGGCCGCAUGUUUUGUGGUGGCUGAGGUACAGGAGUGCUCUCCUUUGGAUGCAACGUUAACUCCAUCUCUUUCUCACGACUUAGUCAAUGCCCCUGAGAUUAGAGGGGCAGCUGCAACGUACCACGUGGCCAGAUAUUAUCUUAAUCGUUUCAAAGAUGUAUACAGACAGGCAACUAUUGAUUUUAUGCUUGGCAACCCUGUGUCAGAGGAAGAAUUUUCCUCAGAAAAGCCAGGAGAAGAAGAGGAGAGUGGUAACACAGCUGAACAUGUGAAGCUCUUGAUUGAAGACUGCAAAAAGAUGCUCAUAAGUGAUUCUAGCAUGGUGCUGGGAGCGUGGGGCCUUAUAGAUGCAGAUCCUGUGACUGGUGAUCCAGCUGAAACAGAAAUGGAUACCAUCUUGAUUCUAACACGAGAUUCUUACUAUGUUGCUGAUUAUGAUGAGCAGAUGGAUCGUGUUACCAAGUAUCAACAGGUUCUUUUGCAAGAUAUUUCAUGGUUGGAGCAGGGCACAGCAGAGUUGAGCACAGCUGGCUCAUUGUUCAAGCAGUCUUCUCGUAGCCAGCAUCACUGCAUACGAAUCCAUUAUUCAGCUGAUUGCCAGCCUGGUUACUUUCACAUGUUCAGAUCUGCUCAUAUACGGUUCUUCAAUAAUGUUGCAGUGGAAAUACGUUCACAAGAAGAAAUGAUUGAAUCCCUGAAGGCAGUGUUUGAAACAUUUAUUGUGGCACUAGAGAUUGCUGGUUGUCCAUCUGUUCCCACAACUUCAGGCCAACCUCUCGAGAAAAUGAAGUCAAGAGUUAUUGCCGGAGAUCCAACUCGUAAACCAAGUGGAUUGUUGAGUUCUUAUCUUGAUGUUGCAUCAAUCCCCACCAUGACGAGAAAUGUGUCAGAAACACAGCUAACAACCUUAAAGAGUGUUGGAAGCAAAGCAUUGUCAAACAUGACCAGCCAGUUUACAAAACUCAAUCGACUCGGACAAAAUCUUAAUCCUCGAUCAAAUCGACAGGAUGGUCAAACUUCAGACAGACAGGUUCAAAAAGACACAGCUACUGUUGUUACUGUCCAACCAAUGGAAGGCCAAAAAAAUGUACAUGAACCCUCAUCUAUAGUAAAUCCAGUGGAUGGUGAUUCUUCAACUGGCCUGGUGACAUCUGUGAUGCCUGAACGAGAAGCUCUCAAACACAGCCAUUUACCAAGUGUUGGGAUAGUUAUGGCUCAUGGAAAGGGGACUCCUCAAGCUAUCACAACAAACACUAGUGGAAGAGCUCCUCUUAUCCAUGAUGUAUCACUCACCAGUGUUGUGCAGCAAGAAACAUCAGCCAGUAAUCACUUACGCAAAUAUCCACUGAUGCACUCUCGAACUGAUCUCACAUUGGAUGUGAGUAAUUUGGUCCUUACCAAAGUGGAACCUUUCUCAAAAGAAAAUGCCUCAAGGGAACAAUCUGAGGGUUCUACUCAACAACAAGAUUCUAAAUUGGUGCCGCCCAACACCCUACUUUUACACAAGCAUCAUUCGCAUUCCUCUGGUGAAGUGACAGAUCAGAAGCCCUGUGCUGAUACAUCAAAUACUGCUGCAGCUGGUCUUGACAAUGAGGGUAAAAAUCAAGGAACCAUUCCAAAUAUUACUGCCUCCAAGAGCGAGAACUCAUUGAAAACUAUAGGAGAUACACUUACUCAAGCUAUUACCAGCCCCAGUGCUGCCACAGCCAAAGAAAUUGUUUUGUCUCCAUUCUCAAAGCUUGCAAAAGGAAUGCAACACUUGGGUGCAAACUUAGAUCCAAGAAAGCUUAAGUCAGUUGGGACUCCCCACUUACUCCCUGUUGCUGUAGCACCUAGAAUGCACUCUGAGGAAAACCAUAUCCUGAUGGAAAGAUGGAAGAACUGCAACACAAAACUUAUCGCUCUCUGAAAAUUGCCGAGGAAAGGUGCUCCUUGCUGUCCCACCCUGAAGUUGAAUACCAACAGGAGAUGCUUACGUCUUCCUGCUAUCUGUUGCUCACAGGUGGAUAUAUUGUGUGCAGCGUAGCAUUAUGACGGAAUGUUUCUUCCUUAAAACACAAAAUAUAAAAGCUGGAAAAUUAAAUAAACUAAAAUGUCAAAGUUCUCUCAGUUGGAAGAACUUGUUGUAUUGUUAUCAUGAUUGUUAUGUAUAGUAUUUACUCCAUGGUGUAUAUUUUAUGACCAUGUAGGUGUAAUUCUAUUACUUUCAAAAUUAUUAGUAGCGUAAAGGCUCCUCACAGAAAUUUAAAAUAAUGUUGCUCUCAAAUCGAAAAAUUGCGACUGAGAUUUUACCGAAGUGUCAAUUUAUGAGAACUAGUGCUGACUGCAGUAGAUUUUAUGAAAUCCUAAAAUGGAACCGGCACACUUAACUCAAGAUGAUCUUAGGUUUGCCAGCAUUUCGGAUUUUACUGCUAACAGAUUGGCUUAGCAUUCAAUACCAUUAGACAUUUUUUAUUACAACUAAAUUUAUGUAUGUUAUGGGUAAAAAAUAAGGAUUCUUUGAGGUGAGCUGUUGGAUUGUUGAUUGAUAUAUCAUGGUCUCUUGAUAUCAUUAUUGUGAGGAGUUUUUCGACUAUUCUUUUCGUGUUAGGGAACAGCAAACACACCUUUCCUUGCAGAGACUGUCAUCCAGUGGUUGAUGUUAGUGCCUCUCAGUUUUAUGGCACCUUUAAGACAUUGACAUUAGGCUAGUAGGUAUUCUUCUUUAAAACUUGUACCUUUGUUAUAUAAAUUUUUGUAAUUGUGGUGUUUACAUCUCAGACCACAUUCUAAAAGAAGGUCGCUGAAAUCGAUAUCAUUCCAUUAUUUUAGCAAAAGACAAAUACUUUAUUGGGAUUAUACUGCUAUAUCAUGGUAGGUAUCUGUGAUGCUCACAUAGGAAUUACAAAAUGCUGUGUGACUUGAAAUUUUAUUCUUUAGAAACAGUGAUUCAUUUAAAAAAGUUGACACCAACAAACUUUUAACAAAGCCAUUUCUUUUGUUGCAUUGAUUUUGCCAUCAUUGUUUGAAUUUGUUUUUAAUUUGUUCUGCCGUAUUGUUUUUUUUCUCCUCCUUUUUUGAGGGUGGCGAGGUGGUUAUAGUAUCAGUAUAAUUUGAAUCUCUCUUGUGCUUCAAUGGCAUAAAAAUGUUCUCUUUACCUCUUUUUGACCGUAAAGAUAAUUUUAAGACUAUGCCUGUUGUCUGUUUUUAUACAGGUGGAUUGUGAUUAACGAAUUCUUUGUUCUGGUGAUAUAGUGUUGUUACCACCAGUUUCCAGAUAAAGUAGGCAUGCCAUUUAUAAGCUUAAUGUUCCUCAACUGAUUGUUUUGCACUGUGAUUUUUUAUUAUAAUUAAAAUUGAGGAGGGUGUUAACCUCGAUGUACACAGACAUAAUAUUCUGUGGUAACUUUUUUAUGUUGUGGGUGAUUUUACAAUUUGCUUUACUAUUCAGUCUUAAAAAAUUUGUUUUAACAGAAGUGACCAGUUUUUGUUUUUUUGUUCUGUAUGAAAUGUUGAUUAUGUGUUGUAUUUUUUUCCAAAGAUACUUGAGAGAAUAACUUUUCUAUUUGAAUGCUUCUUUGCUAAGGCACUCCAGACUUCAUAGCAGCCUUUUGUGUUAUUGGUUGUUGAGCUGCAAAGUUCUAGUCUGAUGUUCGAGAUUAGAUAGAGGAGGAAGGAGCAGAAUAUGGAGUUUCAAAAGAGAAAUAUGAAUGUUUAUGUUAAAGUAGUUCUCUGUUGUAGACCAAAGAUUUCAAGUCAGUCAUAACUUGAAAACUGCAAGUGUUUCUGGAGAAGAGCGGACAUAGGAAUGCAUUUGAGUAUUUAUGUCACAAAUACGUAGAGUGAGAAACUAUGUUGUGUGUCAAAGUAACCCUAAUCCUUAGUAUUUCUUUAUUUGGGCUGAAAGGAUACCUUUUGAACAGCAUCCAAAAAGAGGUGACAGUAAUUUAUUUUAAUUUUAACCGGUAUACUUCAACUUGUAUUACUGUUCCAUAUGUGAUAUGCUUUUACUUAGGUUUGUAAUGUGCCUUUCAAUAGUUUUGCAAUUUGCUUCUUUUUAGAAGGUAUGAAGUAUGAAUGCCAGGUGAUACCCUCAUAGCUCUAAUUUCUUAAUCAUAAUGACUCUUGGUUCUGUAUUGUUAUUCUCCUCCGUUUUCCCUCUUCCCAGUGUCGGCCAACAUCCUUCUGAUUAAUGUGAUUACUCUCUCAUUCUUUCAAAGCAAUAAACACAGUUGUUCGUGAUGUUUGUAUUCAAUUUAGAAUUUCUGUAAUAUUUGUGUAAAGAAAAGUUUUAUCUUAUGAUCAAUUAGUAGCUCAUUGAUCAGGCAUUCACAUUGUGCCGUGAGGGACGCUAAUCUAAUACCAGGAACUCACAGUAGCGUAGUUGGGCUGAUGUACGUAACUUCAUAGAGCACCAACCUCACAUCAGUCUGAGUACAUUCUGUUUUUCGGGUGGAUUUGUGAACUUGACUGAAUUGGCACACAUUGCACAAUUUUUUAUUGUUGUUUGAUUUAGCCAAUGGGGCCAUCAAGCUUUUUUGAAUGAACCAAACAUAGGCAAGCAUUCAUAGUUUCUGUAUGCUAGAACUCUUUGUAAAAUUUAUUAUGGGUAUAUUUUGUAUUUGACUUAACAACUGUUGUCAUUGAAUGUAUAUCCUGAGUCCAGCUUGCUGAAAAUUUGCUACUUUGUAGAUGAUUACAGUACCUUUGUUCUUACUUCAGUAUGUCUAAUGAGGAGGCCUUUUAGAUGUCCUUCCUUUAAUACUGUAGGUAGAUACUUUUUUUUGGCAUGAGUACAUCAAUAUAAUUAAUAAGUUCAAGUUUAUUUUUGUGAGAGGAUAUUAUGAUAAGUCAAUUAAUUACCAAACAUGAAAGAUGUUUUUAUCAUAUACUGACUUUAGAACUGACAAAUUGUAAUGCUUAUCGCAAUAAAACCAAUAGGUAUUUCCUUCAUUCAUUUGAGGAUUUAGAAAUAAGCAGUAGAGCAAUAAUGAAUGUCCAGCCAUGGUUGCAUUUAUGGUACUAUACAAAUGGUGGUACAGUAUUGGAAUUUUGUGAACAGUUAUAGUGAUUUUGCCAAAAAUAAAAGUGUAGAAAGAAAUGCUCACUUCAAUUAAUGUAAAGUUAGCUCCAAAAUAAUGAUUAAAAUGUAUUUGAAUGUUAUGUUUUGCAAAAUGAAUAUUGUUCGUGGAUAAGUGGCACAAUUUUGAUGUGUUGCUAUUCGAGCUUGUUUAUAAAUCGAAAACAUUAGGUCUGCACCAUACGUGUUUUGCUAUUAUUCAGUCAUGCAUUUAAUUGCUAUUGAUGGUCCUCAUAGCAAGGAGCAGAAGUUACAAUAAAUAUUUUGGUGGAAAAAUGAA